AUGGCGCCCAAACUCUCAGAAGAUGAGAUCGACGACCUCAUCUACUUCUCCCGCGCCGGCGAGCUCGCCGACCUCCUGGAAACCCUGAAGUCCCUGUCCGAGCGCGAGGGCGCAUCCGUCGCCGAGGUCAUCACAGCCGCCAAGGACGAGGGCAAGAACACCUGCUUGCACAUGGCCGCGGGCAACGGCCACCUCGACGCCGUCAAGGCCCUGAUCGAGGCCUUCGAGCCCCGCCCCGCCGACGAGAAGAAGGCGUACGUCGACGCCGCCAACGAGUUCGGCAACACGGGCCUGCACUGGGCCUGUCUGGGCGGCCACCUCGAGGUCGUCAAGCUUCUCGUGGCGAACGGCGCGUCGCCCGCCGUCGCCAACGACAAGGACCAGAUCCCGCUCGACUCGGCGCUAUUCAACGGCAAGCGCGAGGUUGCAGACUGGUUCUUGGCGCAGUCGGAGGGUCUGGAGGGCGGAAACCAGGAGGGGCUCGCGGGUGCUGCGGCGGGAGUCGAGAUUGAGGACGAUGGCGAGGCGAAGGAUGAGAAGAAGGCUGGCGAGGGCGAGAGUAGCAAGGCUUCAUAG